AUGUCUGCCGGUGCCGGGGUGCUGCUUGUCGUGCAUCUACCGGGGUCACGCACCACCGCGUCGUGGUGGCCUGGUUCCCGCAUUCACGUUGCGCUGGCGUCGCUGGCGCCGUGUCCGCCGGUCGGACCUCCUCUGCUCCGUGCGCUCUAUUCCUGGGAAGAAGGAAGGUACUCUUCUCUUGUCGAUAUACUGCAAGGCUGUGACUUCUUAACUGAACUUGUUCAAAGGAUAGAGUUUUGCCUUGAUUCCACCCUUUCUCUUGUCCUGGAUCGGGCAAGCAAGAAACUAGAAAUAAUCCGCCGAGAAAGGAGGAGGAACAUCGAAAUGUUAGAAUCUCUGCUUAAAGAUACAUCAGCAAAGAUUUUCCAGGCUGGUGGGAUCGAUAGUCCUCUGGUCACCAAGCGCCGUUCUAGGAUGUGUGUUGGUGUGAAAGCUUCACACAAGCAUUUGGUGCCUGGUGGAAUUGUUCUGAGUUCCAGUGGCUCUGGUGCAACGUACUUUAUGGAGCCACGGGAUGCUGUUGAGCUCAACAACAGGGAAAUUAAACUCUCAGGAGAUGAGAGAGCAGAGGAAUUGGCAAUACUGAGCUUGCUUACCUCAAUGAUCGCAAACUCCCAACUGAAGAUCAGAAAUUUGAUGGAGAGGGUUUUGGAAUUGGACCUUGCUUGUGCUAGAGGGUCGUAUGCCCGAUGGACAAAUGGUGUCAAACCAACCUUCUGUGAUAGUUAUACCAUUAGCCAAUCGGAUCAGUGGACUGACUAUUCAGUUUAUAUUGAGGGCAUUCGACAUCCUCUGCUACUUGAACAGUCUCUUAUGCCAGAAGAAUCAACUACAGAAGCAUCUGAAAUGCCUGUUCCUUUGGACAUGUGGGUAAAAAUGGACGCAAGGAUAGUUGUGAUCUCUGGACCUAACACUGGAGGCAAAACUGCCACUAUGAAGACCUUGGGGCUGUCGUCACUUAUGUCAAAAGCUGGUAUGUUCUUCCCAGCCAAAGGAAGGCCUAGGAUUCCAUGGUUCGAUCAGGUUCUUGCAGAUAUUGGUGAUCACCAGUCGCUGGAGCACAGCCUCUCUACAUUCAGUGGGCACAUAUCACGUCUGCGCAAGAUAGUAGAAAUUGUAUCAAAAGAUUCUCUAGUUCUAAUUGAUGAGAUUGGCAGCGGGACUGAUCCAUCUGAAGAAACUCUACAACCAACAUACCGAAUCUUAUGGGGCAGUACUGGUAAUUCCAAUGCACUUAGUAUUGCAAAGUCAAUUGGUUUUGAUCAAAAAGUGCUUGAUUGUGCACAAGAAUGGGUUGAGAAACUAUUGCCUGAUAACCAAAAGGAGCGGCAAGCAGUGAUGUACAUAGAUUCUCACCUUCCUCUCAUUUUAAAUCCAACCUGUUAUAUUUUCACUUUGAAGAUUCGUUUGGAAGCUGAUGAUCUUGAAAGCCGAGUAGCUGCUUUGAGAACAAGAGAGACCCAAAAGGUACAACAAGAAUUGAAGGUUGUAAAGUCUCAGAUGGACACCAUAAUCAAGAACUUUGAAGCUCAGCUAAAGAAUUCAAAACUUGAACAAUAUAAUUCGCUAAUGAGGAAAGCAGAAGCUGCCACUGCUUCCGUGGUUGCUGCUCAUCAGCCAAACGAAAUAACUUUCGAUGACGAUGAAAACCAGAGCUUGUUUGUCCCGCAAAUUGGAGACAAAGUGUAUAUUCAAGGGCUGGGGGGAGGAACGAUGGCUACUGUUGUCGAAACUUUGGGAGAAGAUGAGAGCUGUAUGGUUCAAUAUGGAAAGAUAAAGGUUCGAGUCAAGAGAAACAAGAUAAAAUUGGUUCAAAGAGGGACAAAUAACGAGGCAACAGCUUCCUCUACUGUAAAAGCAAAGGGCCGAACACCGAAGCAGCGAUCGGCAACGACAGCCGAGGCAGCAGACCGAAACCAAGACGGCGGCGGCGGCGGCGGCAGCUUCUCCUUCGGCCCUAUCGUGCAGACGUCCAAGAACACGGUGGAUCUGCGCGGGAAACGGGUCGCGGAGGCGGCCUACGAGCUCCGGAUGGCCAUCGAUGCAUGCAGGCCGUACCAGGUGAUCUUCGUGGUUCAUGGCAUGGGCACCGGGGCAGUGAAGGAUUGCACCAUUGACAUCCUCCGGAACCAUCCUCGAGUGGCCAAGUUCCGAGGACGAGAGCCCUCUCAACUACGUCUGCACCGUCGCCUACAUCCACGCUUCUUCCUCUCCUUCCUGACCGCUGUCAAUGGCGAUGAUGUGACGCCUCCCCCGACCCCGAACGAGGCCAAGAAACCCCCUUCGCAUUUCCAGCGUCUCGGUCUGGUCUUCGCCUUCGUUUUCAUCCCUGAGCUGAGCUUCCCCCCAGCGCCACCGCCACCUCCGUCCUCCCAUGGCGCUGGUUCCAAUGUGAUACGCGGAAGGGCGGUUGGUCGGUCCUGA